UGUAGUGACUCCUCCGCGCCAGUAGGCGGCGGUGGUGCGCUGGAUACCAGUCAUCGUUUCAACACAAGAAGAAGUGUUUGUUGCUAGCUUUCAGACUGGCAGGUGUUUUCAUAAACAAUGGAUCAGAAGAUUCCUUAUGAUGACUACCAGCUCCCAGUGGUAUUCCUGCCUUCAUAUGAGAACCCACCUGCAUGGAUAGCACCACAGGAGCGGCUUCAUCACCCUGACUACAACAAUGAGCUCACCCAGUUCCUGCCUCGUACCAUUGUAUUGAAGAAACCUCCAGGAGCACAGCUGGGCUUCAACAUCCGUGGGGGCAAGGCGUCACAGUUGGGAAUCUUUAUAUCCAAGGUGGUCCCAGACUCAGAUGCCCACAGAGCAGGUCUGCAAGAGGGAGACCAGGUUCUUUCUGUGAAUGAGGUUGAUUUUCAAGACAUAGAGCACUCAAGAGCUGUAGAGAUUCUGAAGACUGCGCGAGAGAUACUGAUGAGGGUUCGCUUCUUUCCUUACAACUACCAAAGGCAGAAGGAGAGGACAGUACACUAGGUGGCAGCAGAGAGAAAGAGAGAGAGAAACAGGGAGAGAGGGAGGGAGAGAGUUGGACAGCUGCGUCACUGCUCCUCAUCACCCUCCUCCUACCCUCCUCCUACGGACUCUGGCCUCCAUUCUGUCUCAGCUUCAAGAUGACUGAUGUAUGACUAACAGCCUCAUUCACAGUCCUCCAUCUAAAGACAACAUAUACUCUCUUAUAUACUCCUUUUCCUUUGUUGCCCAGAUACCUGAGCACUCCCUAAUUUACUGUAAUACACGAUGAUUUCUACUCUAUCGGGAUGUAUUCACAGGAAGUGAAGGGAGAUACGGUAUAAGCAGAAGCUAAAUAGACAUUUCACUUUAUGAAUUAUGGAACUGAUGCAUAUUUUUCUAGUCAAGCAUAACAUUUUUACAGACCCUGCUUUCACUUUUCCUCAAGCCCUGUAAUUCAUGUUUCUACUGUAGUCUAAGACAUAUAUUUUGAUCAAGUACAAAGUAGCACUUGUGUGUACUGUACACAUCUGCCUUUAUGACAAAGAUAUAAAGUAAACACACAUAUGCUAAGUAGCUUGUUUAUUAGGAACACCCACCUAAAACGAAUGCAUCAGCUAUAAAUCAUACCGUCAUGAAAUGUUCAAUGUUCAGUUUUUGUUUAAAACUGUGCGAUGGAAUCAUUUAAACUCAAGUUCCACUUACUAGCUUUUCCUUGAGCUUUCAACUGCAUAUCAUGGUUCUAAUGUUUUUUUUAUGUCUCUUAUAUUGAUGAGUAUGAGUGGGUGUUCAUGUAAAAGAAAUGUGCAUAUCUUGUAUUUCAGUACGCACUGACACAAAUGCUACUGCAGGGCCGUACAUAUUUUAAGAGCAAAUUAUGGUGCAAGACUUCUGGUAAAUAUCACUGAUCUUAUUAUCACUGUGAAUAUGCUGUACAUCCAGUUUUUUAAAUAUUUAACAACAGUUUGUAAUUGUUUAUUGAAUAUUUAGUGGUGUUAAUAUAUUUCAGUGACUGCUACUGUUACUUAAAUACUGUUGAAUGUUUGCUCAUAUUUCAUACAUGUUCUUUUUAUAUAAGCGUCUGGGCUGAAUAUUUUAAUAGUUGAAUGUAUGAACUGUGUAUUUGAGGUGCCAAACUGCAUGAUGACCACACAUUCCGCUCUGCAGCUUAGUAUAUUACUAUAAUAGUAAAACCUGUAAUCAGGUGGAGACUCUGAUGUUUGCAGGAUUUUAAGUAAAACUGAAGACUGCUGGGUACUUUUAUCAUUUUGGCCCUCGGUGUUUUUAGAUGUGCUAAUCAUUAAAAUCAGCAGAUACAAGCUCUGGAAAUAUAUCGUAUAUCUGCAAACAUUGGAACAUAAUAGAAAAACAUUUGAAUACCUCUUUAAUGCAGUAUGCUAGUAAACAGUAGGUUUACUAGUUUUUUUUAAUGCAAAUACCUGCCUGUUGCAUCACAAAACCAUCUUAUUCUUUUGAACACUAAUACUUUCAUAAAAGAAAUUACUUUUGGUUUUCCAUCCAAUGAUCUUAAAACAGUUUUUCAGCACCACAUUGACAUGGUUAAAAAUAAAUAAAACGUUUUGAACCCUGGUAACCUUCUCUUUGUACCUUGUCUUAGUACUUGAAGUGCCUGAACCAGCUGGGAAUGGACCAGUUCGCUCUGGUUCAAGUAACCAAACUUGUUCCACGUUGUAGUUUGGUUUCUACUGAGACUUGAUUUUCAUCUUUAGAGGAAUGCAGUCAAUGAGAGUAGUUACGUAAACCUCGUCAGUUUUUUUUGUUUCUUUUUAAGUCAAGACCAUGUAACAUUCAACAUCAUCCAUCUUUAGAAGAAAAACCUGAUAAGCUCAGCCUGCAAGGCUUCAUUCCAGGGUCUUUCCUCCAUCAAAACU